GCAGGCAGCGGCAUUGCUGCGCUUGCGCGGGGGAGGAGGCGGGGGCAGCCGGCCGAAGGCGCCACGACAGCAGCCGCAGCAGCCGCUCCUUCCGCCAUGUCUGGGGUGCAGCGCAUGAAAGUGGCCAACGAGAGGCACAGCAAGAGCAUCACGCAGAGGGGGGGGCUCCAUCGGGCCCCGACACCCCAAGAGGAAAAAGCCCCCGUCGGCCCUUGGCUCUUGGCACUCUUUGUCUUCGUGGUCUGUGGAUCAGCCAUCUUCCAGAUCCUCCAGAGCAUUCGACUUGGAGGUUAAUGGGGAGAAGACGUAUAUUUAUCCUGCUGCUACCACCAAUCCUCCUCUCAGGGAAUUGUGGAAUAUUUUCUGGACCCACCCACCAGUUUACAGCCAUGACAGUCUUCCUCUGUCUGCUUCCAAGAACCAUAGCUCUCCCACCCCUCCUGCGACCUCUGCCAAGCCUCCUUCGCUCUCUCUCUCUUGUCUCUUGAGCUAUUGACCACUUCUGAGGGACGCUGGACUGAACCGGGGGUGCUUCACUUUUGUCUGCCAGCAACAUGCGAUAGGGAAGCCUACCCAGGGUGGGGCGUUUUCCCAUGGAACUUAAGCAAUAUAUUACAAUUGCUUGUCCUGUGUUUACAGCUAGAUUGCAGUGUUUGGGAUGGGAGGUGCACAACUGAGAUGUUUGUUCUGGUUCCCUCUUCCUCUCAGUUUGUGGUAAACCUGCAGUUAUUCUCCCUAACCAUUCCGGUUGAGCCGCGGAAUAAAAAAUUUACUAUGUUGGAAUCUUUGCCACAAAAGAAAUGGCAAAUUUCUUAAUAAAGAGAUGUCACCAUAA